GGUCACUCUAAGAAGGUGACAGUGUGAGGCAGAAAGGACUUAUACUGUCACUCGCCUUGCAGCUGGCAGUGGACCACAAUGCAACAAGUUUUGGAAUAUGCAUUGGAUCGAGCCGAGUACAUUGUUGAAAGUGCUCGACAAAGACCAGCCAAAAGAAGAACGUCGUCUGGUGGGAGGAAGAGUUUGUAUCAGAAGCUCUAUGAGCUGUACAUUGAAGAAUGUGAAAAAGAACCAGAGUUAAAGAAUUUGAGGAGAAAUGUGAAUUUACUGGAAAAGCUAGUGUCUCAGGAGUCGCUGUCGUGUCUGGUUGUCAACUUGUACCCUGGGAAUGAAGGCUAUUCCUUAAUGCUCAGGGGCAAAAAUGGAUCAGAUUCUGAAACUAUCCGUCUGCCAUAUGAAGAAAGAGAGCUUCUGGAGUAUUUGGAUGCAGAGGAGUUGCCUCCCAUUCUGGUUGAUCUGUUGGAGAAAUCACAGGUGAACAUCUUCCACUCUGGCUGUGUAAUAGUAGAAGUAAGAGACUACAGACAAGCUGGUAAUACCAAGAUUCCCACCUAUCAGAGCAGGCACAUCCUGCUCCGGCCAACCAUGCAGACUCUAAUCUGUGAUGUCCAUGCCAUGACCAGUGACCACCACAAGUGGACACAGGAUGACAAAUUGCAGCUGGAGAGUCAGUUGAUUUUGGCCACAGCUGAACCUCUGUGCCUAGACCCCUCCAUUUCUGUCACUUGUACAGCCAACCACCUGCUCUACAACAAACAGAAAAUGAACACUCGCUCCAUGAAACGGUGUUUUAAGAGACACUCUCAAGCUGCACUCAACAGGCAGCAAGAAUUGUCCCAUCUGCCCGUGCCACCACAGCUACGACUUUACGACUACCUACAGAGGAGGAAGGAGAGGAAACCUGCGCCGGUCAUAGACCUCAAGAUCUCGAAGGUUGGAAACUGUGUCGACAUGUGGAAACAGAACAACUGCCAACUUACUGUACCAAAGGAGAUUGAUGUGGAAAAGUUUGCUGUUGUUGAGAAAUCUUUGCAGCUGGAAGACUCUCAGCCCACUACAGUGAUCUGGCCUGCUGAGGAAGUUAUAGAUGACUACACAUUUGAGUGUGAAGUGGGAGGCCAAGCUCAAAAGACCAAGGUGUCCAUCUUCCAGUCAAUGGGAGACCCGCUGGUGUACGGAAAGAUCUACUGUACGAAAGACAGGAAAGCAGAGGAGGACAGUGCAGACCUAAAGCUUAUACACCCGCCUUUCCUCAUUGGGUCAAAGAUUGACUCUGAGAGGUUUCUUACUCAGUACAAAGAAGUGUAUGAGAGAGAUGUGAAGUGUCAGGUCAAGAUGUCCCAUAGCUCAGGCAGUGUGGGACAGGGGCCACCCUCCCCCAACAAAGAUGAGGGUGAUGGUGUUUCUCCACUGGUACAGACGACUGUAUUGGGAAAGGGGGUGAAGCACCGGCCCCCUCCUAUUAAACUGCCUUCAGGGUUGGGCAGCAGCUCCUCAGGUAAUCCAUAUAGUUCACAAACUACCAGUGGUCUACUUAAGUGUCCUACGCCACCACCGCCUCCAGCCAAAAGCCAGUCUCUGAACAGGAAACACUCCAUGGAGCUGGGCCAGAUGGGUCUGCUGUCGCCUGCCUCACUCUCUCCAAUGGGCUCCACACAGAGAUCAGGAACCCCGAAGCCUUCUACUCCCACACCCACCAACACGCCAUGCUCAACCCCGCAUCCUAUCGACUCCCUCUCUUCUUCCCUCUCGUUGACUCCAACCUCUUCAGACCCCGCCAUGGUUCAGAGCCAGUCACAGCCUCCCCUCCUUACACCUUACCCCCAGCAGCAGUUGGCUCUAAGCCAGCCUCUGCCUGUUAUGACCAUCCCACUGCCCACCAUGGGUACGUCCAUCACCACAGGAACCAGCUCAUCGCAGGUCAUGGCUAACCCAGCAGGGCUCAACUUUAUCAAUGUGGUCAGCUCUGUCUGCAGUCCCCAAACGUUGAUGAGCGGUUCUAACCCCAUGUUGGGUCCAGGGCUUAACCUGAGUGGAAUCCUGCCAUCAGGGGGCUUGAUGCCCACCAUGCAGUCUGCAGCCCAGACAGGGAGCCCCUUUGGUUUGAACAGCAGUGCUGGGUUGAGACCACUGAACCUUCUACAGAUCCCCACUGGUCCUUACAUUUUUAACUCUCUGCAGUCCCAGUUUUCCCCUCAGCAGAGUCAGUCAGCCACGUCCAGUCCCCAACAGCAGGGGGAGUUGAAUGACCAAGGGUCAGAUCAAAGUUUAGGAAACCAGCAAACUGCUGUCAUCAACCUCGGGGUGGGAGGCUUCAUGUCUCCGCAGGCAGCAGUUGCAAUUCUUGCAGCACCAAAUGCAGCAGCAGCAAAUGGCUAUGGGAGCAGCAGCUCCUCAGGGGGCGGCGCCACGGCAACAUACCGCCAGUCAACCAAGAAGUAAGAGGAAGAGGACCACACCGCAGCCUCUUUCCAAGUCGUAACAGACUGAGAUCACACUAAAGCCCCUUUCCAGCUACGUGAGGACGUUCAUGAUCUAUACUGUGCUCUUUGUCUGCGUCACUUUAAAGACAAGCAGACUAAAAAAAAAAAGACUUUUUUUCUAACGGAUAAAUUUGUAUGUAUCAGUUCUCGAAAGAUGCUUUGUCCACUGUGGAGGAUCAAGUUUUUACAACAGGGAGCCCUUAGCUCACAGGACCUUAGUGAUAUUUUUUGAAAUGAUCAAGAAGAAGACGGGUCUUGAAGGUAAUGAGCUUCCACAGCGACAUAUUUCUACUUUAGGAAGACUUUUCUCUGCAAAGGCCUUGUGGACUGAACGAGCCACGAAUGCACAUUCUCAGAACAUUUUGCAUGAGGCUGCCAUGUUGACUCCGGUAGAAACUGCCCUUUAAGCACAGAUCCUAGCUGAGCUUGUCGACACCAAAUCCUCCACGUAACCGCGACAUGUGAAAAUGCAAACUUUAUCUUGGAGUAUUGCCUGGGGGCAGCUCUCUACCUCUCAGUCUGUUGGAAGUCUUCUGUUAGGACACAGGGCUCACACGAGGACUCGAAAUCAACAUGCAAGACAGUUUGCUUUUGUACAGCAUAUUUUGGAAAGGUGUUUCCUUUUAAUAAGUCCAGGAGCCAUGAGCGUAUUCUUACAUGACUUCAGCUGAGUGCGAGACAUUUCUGGACACUGAAAAGAAUAAUUUUUUAAAGCAGUCUUUGUCAGCAGUUUUAUUGUUUUAAAAAAAAAGAAUAUAUAUUGACA